CGAUGCUCGAGAUGCAGCCUAAUCUCUUUCGUCAACCUCCAGCCUUCAUCGAUGCCAUAUUCCUCCAACACAACUUAGAAUCAAUGCCCUCAGUACCAAGAAUUAAAGGCCGGGCAUCCUAUUGAAAUCUGUGGUCUGGCCUGACCCCACCAGUCUGGACCCGGCGUGAUACGAUUCCACAAUAUUAAUGGAAAAAAUGUGGUUCGAUGGGAGGGAUAGGUACAUAAAGAUGGCAGAUACUCAAUCUUGCCAUUUUCUCCAUGGCUUUCAACGCAUCGGUACCGCUCAUAGACCACUUCCUCGAUGACCCAGCUCAGGUCUUCAACACGCGCUAUGCCCUAUUUUUUCUCGUGAACAUUCCAAUACUUGCAGUCGUCUUCAAUGUUUUGAGGCAGAUGUUACCUCAAGAUCGCUCAAGACCUCCAGUAGUCUUCCAUUGGUUCCCGUUCAUAGGCUCGAGUGUACAAUACGGUAGCGACCCAUUGGAAUUUCUAUUUGCAUGCCAGGAAAAGUACGGCGAUGUAUUCACCUUCAUUUUACUUGGUCGUCGUGUCACUGUUGCGUUGGGAGCCAAAGGCAACAACUUUGUGUUGGGUGGAAAGUCUACGGUAUUUAAUGCCGAAGAUGCCUACAAGCAUAUGACCUCACCUGUGUUUGGCGAUGAUGUUGUCUAUGCCAUACCCAAUCACCAGUUCAUGGAACAGAAAAAAUUCAUCAAAUUCGGUUUAUCAACGGAAUCAUUCCGCACGUACGUUGGCAUGUUUGAAGACGAGGUGGAGACGUACUUGAGCAACGAACCUGUGUUCAAGUCAUACCAGGAUCCAAAGCGCGCUGGAGAGUGGGGUUCGUUUGACCCUUGCCAGGUUAUUGCGGAGAUCACCAUCCUCACCGCGAGCAGAACUCUGCAGGGAAAGCAGAUCCGUGCGGCCCUCGACAAGUCGUUCGCGGAGCUCAUAGCUGACUUGGAUGGCGGGUUUACACCAAUGAACUUUUUCUUUCCUAAUCUGCCUCUGGAGCACUACCGGCGACGUGAUCGAGCGCACAGGAAAAUAUCUGACUUUUACAUCGAUAUCGUCAAACAGAGAAAAGCAAAGGGGGACGACCAAGAGUUAGAUAUGAUCGCUGCACUCAGUGGACAAGUAUAUCGCAGUGGAAAACCAAUGACAGAUUCCGAAGUAGCACACUGCAUGAUUGCGCUUCUCAUGGCAGGUCAACAUACGAGCGCCUCGACAGGCGCAUGGGCGGUUCUUCGGUUGGCAGAUGACCCUGAUUUUGCCGAGAAGAUCUACCAAGAACAAGUAAAAUUCUUUGGCACGCCCGACAGAAAACUGCGUCCCAUGACCUACGAUGAAGCCCGCGAACUUCCGCUCAUGAACACGCUCAUCCGCGAAACGCUUCGUCUGCACCCGCCCAUUCAUACUAUCAUGCGACACGUCAGGGAGGACGUUCCCGUCCCUCCAUCUCUUGCUGCACCCUCGAAGGAUGGCGUAUAUGUCGUACCAAAGGGAGAUUAUGUUCUUGCAUCGCCGACAGUGAGCCAUACGGACCCGCGAGUGUGGCGGAAUGCUAUGAAGUUUGAUCCAUACAGAUGGAUUGACCCGGAAGGCAUGGCUGCGCAGGCACUCGAAACCUAUGUUGAUGAACAUGGCGAAAAGAUUGAUUACGGGUUUGGUGCCGUUAGUAAGGGAACGGAGAGUCCAUAUCAGCCUUUUGGCGCUGGAAGACAUCGAUGUGUAGGGGAACAGUUUGCAUAUCUACAGGUCGGGACGAUUCUCGCCACACUGGUGCGGGAGCUGGAGUUCCGCUUGCCAAAGCCAUUCCCUGCUAAUAAUUAUUACACAAUGAUUCCUACACCGCAGACUCCGAGAAACGUUGAGUAUCGACGAAGACGGCGUAAUUAGUCCUUCAAUGUAUUACAGCUUCCGUUUAUCGGGAUUUUAUGAUGUUCCUUGUGGC